UUGACAUUGACAGUGACAGCCGGCCAAUAAUCGCUAAUCGGCUUUAUUAAAAAUAAAUGUUUUUUUCUUAGAAAAUACAGAAUUGAAUUGAGGAUUUGAGAUUCACCUUAUCUUAAAGAAUAGAAACUGAAAGAAGAAGCUGCAUGUUAUUGCAAAUAAAAUUUUACAAUGACUGAUAUAAAGUCCUUAUUAAAAGAGGCAAGAAAAUUAAUUGACGACAAGGAGUUCAAAGAAGCUCAAGAAUGUUGCAAAAAUAUAUUGAGAAAAGAUAAACAGAAUUAUUUGGGAUUAGUUCUGUUAGGUAAAUCUUUACAGGAGACUGAUCAAGCUGCAUUAGCAUUUCAAAAAGCCAUAUCAAGUAAACCUGAUCACCCAUUAGCUUGGCAAGGUCUUGCUAAUUAUUAUGAACGAAAAGAGGACAGUACAUCAAAAAUCAAGCUUAUUACUGUCUAUGAUGAAAUUUUAAAACUUCAAGUAGAAGAGGAGAAGGCUUUGGAAAUCAUAACCAAGCUUGGCCAGCUUGGAUGCUCUCUAAAUGAUAACCGGAUAAUAAGUAUACUUAUAAAUUAUUUGGAUAAGAAUUUGGAUGAUAAGAUAUUUUCUGCUGCAGUUCAUCAGCUUGUUGAAUUGUUAAAAGCAAAUGAGUCUUGUAAAGAUGAAGACAUACCAAGAGUUAUCAAUCACUUAUCUAAACUUAUAGAAAGAGAUCCUAAUGAAACAUUGCAUAUUUUACUAGGGAAAGUGAUCCUGCAGAAGAAUAAUUUUAUUGAUUCAAUGAGGGAGGUCAUGAACUUAAAUUAUUUUGUACCUAGUGUCACUUUCAGAGAAUGGCUUUGUAAGUAUUUGUGUACUUAUUAUGUCCAACACAAUACUUUUUCUGGAUUUGACAUUGAGGCACACAUAAAUGAAAUAACAGUAGGAAUUGAAAAUUCUAAAUAUCCUGCCCUAUUAAGAAGUAUGAUAUCAUAUGAUAAAGGAUUAUUUGUUGAUGCUUACAAACAAUGUGUUCCAAUUGUAAAUUACCAGGAAGCAGAUAUCACUGAAGCUACUUUCAUCAUAAGAUGUACAUUCAAGUUAAAAAAGUUCUCAGUGGCACAAAAAUUGGCAACAAAUUUCUUGAUAAAAGUUAAAGAUCAAUCUUUUGCAGUUACUUUAAAAAAAUUUCUAUUUUUGUCAAUAGCUGAACAACAAAAAUGGAAACAAGCUAUUGUGAUUGCAAGUGAACUACCUAUUGACUGCUUGGAUAUCAGUGAACAGGCAAUACUUGCAAAAUGUUUUAUAGAAGUUAAUGAUAAUGCUGAUCAUCUAAUGGAAAACCUUAGAGAAACAAACCAUUAUAAACAAUUGGAAGCUAUCUCUCUUAUUAAACAAGAGAAAUAUGAAGAUGCAAUCAAAUUAUUGGAAGAUUCAUCAGAAAAUCAUCUUAAUUUAUUUUACAUAGGAAAAGCAUAUUGGAAUUUAGAACAGUAUGAUCAAUCUCUUAUUUAUUUACUUAAAUCUGCCAGACUGAAUACAGAUCAUGCAGAUACAUUUCUGUAUUUAGGAAUGAUUUUCCAAAACUACAAGCAAGAUUUGGAUAAGGCUAAAAGAUGUUAUGAAAAAGCUUUUAGUCUUAAUAAUAUUGACUUAAAUAUUAUCAAGAAUUUAAGUGAUCUUUACAUUAAAAUGGAACUCUUGGAUGUUAACUUUGAUUUAUUGAGUAAAGCAAUCCAAAAUGUACAAAUGGAUUUACCAUGGAUUAAUUUUCGUUUGGGGCUUUAUUAUAUUAAUAAAAGAGAAUGGGAAAAUGCUAUUAUUCAGUUUCGAAAAGUAAUUAAUGCUGAACCUAAAAACACAAUUGCAUUUCAGUGUUUAGCAGAUGCUUAUUAUUCAAGAGGAUCCUUCACAUCAGCAUUAAAAGCGUACAACAAAGUUAUAUCAAUGAAUCCCAAAAAUAUAUUGCAUUGUCUUACUAGAAUAGGUUAUAUUAAUUCUUUAUUGACACAGUAUGCAGAGGCAAUUAUAACAUUUGAAAAAGUGUUGCAAAUAGACCCUGACUCUUUGUUAGCUCUAAAAGGCAUAGCAGAAACUUGGAUGAGAAUAGCAAAGAAAAAAUUUACUGCCAAACUUUAUGGUAGUGCCAGAGAUACUGCACAAUAUGCAAUUAAUUAUUUAAUCAGGGCAUUAACUGUAGAAAAGUCUUUUUUAUGCAUAUGGAAUUUAUUAGCUAAUGCACUAAUAUUCAUAACUAAAUUACCAAAUGAAUACUGUUAUGUUGACAUGAAAAAUUCAUUCAAUGAUGAUGACACAGUAAGAAAGGAUAAGUUUGACAUCUAUCCCCAAGCAUUAGCCUGCUUCACCAAGAUAGCAAAACAAAAGCCGCAGUUAGCCUCGUAUGAUUUAGCUACUACUUAUCUUGAUUAUUAUCAAGCAACAGACGAAAUUGUAAAUUGUCAUAUUGCAUUUAAACUAACUGUAGCCAACAUUAAAACUAAACCAAGCUCUUGGAGAAACUGGAACCUACUUGGAAAGAUAUGUAUUUUUAAGAAAAGAUACGAUUUAGCCCAACAUUGCUUUAAUAAGGCAUUGCCGAUAACACCCAAGAGUGCUGUGGCAAAAAUAUGGUGUAAUUUGGGCACAUUGUAUGUCAAGUUAGGACUUCAUAAAUUGGCCAAUUAUUGUUUUUGGCGUGGACAAUCAACUCAGCUGUCUUAUCCUCAGAGCUGGAUUGGUCAAGGGUUGAUAGCUGAAGUUAUUCAAGAAGAAGAAGCUAUGGACCUUUUCAGACAUGCCUGUCGUCUAGGUUACCACCCUCAGUGUGCUAUGGGAUAUGCUGACUGGGUGUGCAGGACAUUAAAAGACGAUACUUACAAAAACAGCUCUGAGUUAAAAUAUGUUAUUGAAGGUUUAUACGCAAUACCAUAUGCUAUGGACUUAGUUCAGUGGUUUAUAAGAUUUGAGCCAAAGAAUGCUUAUGCUUAUAAUACUCUCGGUAUCCUGCAAGAAAGAAGUGAUCUUUUGUGUUCUGCAUUAACUUCCUAUCAAAAAGCAUUUCAAUAUGCAGAUAAUGACAAAAAAAAUAUUAUCCUUCUUAAUAUUGCAAGGACUCUUCUGAGACUUGGAAAAUAUGAUGAAGCCAUUGUGACUUUCAAAGAAAUUUCUGAAGCAAGUUUCAAUUCGGCUUGUGGUUUAGCUCUUGCUCUUUUCAAAAAAGGUCUUUAUGAAGAAUCAUAUUCAGCAUAUGAUACUGCUCUGCACUGGCUCUGUGCUAAUGAUGAUGAAAAGGCAAAUCUUCUGGUAGCUAUGGCUGGCAUAGUAUACAUGUAUAAAGGCAUUGAUGAUGCAAAAACACUGCUAUUUCAUAGCAUUCAGGUUUCACAGACUAAUCCAACACCAUACAGCUUGUUUGCUAUAUGUUCAUUAGGAAUCAUACAUUCAGACCAAGGACUAUCUAAAUUGGCCAUAUGUGAGUUGCAGAAAUAUGAAAAAGAUAGCAACUUUGGAUAUGAUGUAGGUUUCCUGAAAUCUUAUCAUGCACUUAAUGAUGAUAUCAACAGAGCCAUUAAAUUGUUGAGCGAGUCACUCCACGAUCAUCCUAGUAGUACAGAAUUAUGGUUUUGCAUGGCACAAUAUUGUUUACAGGCAUCUGAUACAAAAGCAAAGAUAGCAAGUUCCUGUGCUAAAAGAGCAUUAAGCUCAAUGCAUGAUCAAAAAAAUGGCAAAGAAACAGCAAAAAUGCUUGCCACAGCUAGUAUUGCUGAACAUGUAGCAGGAAACAAAUAUAAAUCACAGCUGUUAGCAAAAGAUGGGCUUCACAUGUAUCCAUGGCAAUCGGAAAUUUGGGCAGCAUUGGUUUUUUCAAUUUUAACAAGCAAGUUGUCUGUUGAGAGGAAAAAAUGGAUUUUAAAUGUUGCUGGACAUAUGAGAAAAAAUUUAGAUACAAGCAGAGGUCUGAAUAGAUGGAUUAACCUGUUAGAGAAAAAGUUAAGCAGAUAGAUUAAAGUCAAUAAUUAAUAAGUUAUUAAUAUUAUAAAUGUAAAACUUUUUAAAGAUACAGCAAACAUUCAUCAAUCUAUCUCCUGAAUUCUGUUUAUUACUUAUCCCUCUUUACACUCUUAUUGCAUUUAAGGCUGUAUUUUAAUCUCAGUAAAUACUUUUUUUGUUGCAAUAAUUAUGUUAAAUCAUUAUUACUACAAAA